GUACUGGAGGACUUCCUGGAAAAGCAACAUGUUGAUUCAACCUUGGAUGUCUUCCUGAUGGGAGCAAUGAUGAAAUCCCUUGAAAGUAACAAUGGCCACCUGGACCUGUUUGUUCGCUUCCUUCAUGGCCUCUCUCUAGAGUCAAACCAGAGACUCUUAGGAGGCCUGCUGGGUCGGACAGAUAGCAGCACAAAAAUCAUCCAGAGAGCCAUCAACAACCUGAAAAAGAUGAACACAAAAACCUCUCCUGACAGAAGCAUCAACAUCUUCCACUGUCUGAUGGAGAUGAACGACCACUCAGUACAUCAGGAUAUCCAAGAGUUCCUGAAGUCGGGGAACAGAUCAGAGACGAAACUGUCUGUGGUCCACUGCUCAGCUCUGGCCUACAUGCUGCAGAUGUCAGAGGAGGUUCUGGAUGAGUUGGACCUGGAGAAGUACAACACAUCAGUGGAGGGACGACAGAGACUGAUUCCAGCUGUGAGGAACUGCAGAAAGGCUCAACUUUCUGCCUGUGGAAUCACAGAGAGUCUCUGUGAAGUCGUGGCCUCAGCUCUGAAGUCCAACCCAUCACAUCUGAGAGAGCUGGACCUGAGCUUCAACAACCUGAAGGAUUCAGGGUGA